UGUUUUCAGUGGGUGGGCUUUAGACUGGGAUCUGUUUCCGGAACCACACACACGCACAUAUACACAUACACACACGUGUGUAGGAAAAGCUGGCGUGCAGUGCUAUCAGGUCUUUCCUGAAUAUCACCAGAAGUGCCUGCGUCAAGUUCUCGUGUGUCCCGACGUCUUUGCAAGUGGCACUUUGAAGACAAGAAGAGUUUCCAAGAUACACACUUAUAACCUGCUACCCCGGUGCUACACACAUUGUCCAAGCUGGGCUCUGAUGGCUGACUCUGAUGCCCUGCCUGUCGCCGUCCAGCCCGGAGAGAAGAGAAGCUGUCCAGAGGACGAAGGAGAAGACACGCCAUCGAAGAAGCCAAAAGUUGAGAAGGACGGUGAAAACGGUGCUUCUCCCCGCCAAGAUGAGGAGGAGCUCGACGAGGAAGCAAGCGAUGGAGAAGAGGAUGGUGAGACCUUUGCUGACAUGAUGAAGCAUGGCCUCACUGAGGUGGACGUGGGCAUCCUGAAGUAUGUCAGUGACCACGAGGGCUUCUCUGGAGUCCUGAAGGAAAGAUAUUCUGAUUUUGUUGUGCAUGAAAUCAACAAACAAGGCAAGAUAGUGCAUUUGGAUGACCUCUCCAUCCCAGCAGAGGCUGAAGAAGCACCUGAGCCUGAACAUGAAACAAAUGAGUGUGAGGUGCUGACUGAAGAGCAGAAAAAGCAGCUUGGUGAGCUGCAGCACUUCAAGAACAAGGAAGAAAAUGUCUCCAUUGAGAUAGUGGACGACACGAAAGAGAAACGGACGCUGAUCCACAAAGCCAUCAAGACUCAGUUUCCUGGUCUGGAAACAAAGACGGAAGAGAAUGAAGGCCGCAAGUUUAUAGUGGCUUACCACGCUGCUGGGAAGAAGGCUUUAGCAGAAGUCAAAACAACUACAGCUCCAAGGAAACACUUUUGGCCCAAAAAACGUGGCAGUUUCUGCCACUUCGUCCUGUACAAGGAGAACAAAGACACCAUGGACGCUAUGAAUGUGCUGUCAAAGUUCCUCAGGCUUAGACCCAACAUGUUUUCCUACAUGGGAACCAAGGACAAGAGGGCCAUCACUGUGCAGGAGAUUGCAGUGCUCAAGAUCACAGCAGAGAGGCUGGCUCACCUCAACAAGUGCCUCAGGAACCUCAAGGUUGGAAACUUUUCCUACAAAAACCACCCUCUAAAGCUGGGAGAGCUUCAGGGAAACCACUUCACUGUGGUCAUCAGGAACAUCUCAGGGUCAGACGAACAGGUCCAUCAGGCCUUGACAUCCCUCAAGCAGACCGGCUUCAUCAACUACUAUGGCAUGCAGCGCUUUGGCACAACAGCUGUGCCCACACAGCAUGUCGGCAGGGCUAUUCUGAAAAACGACUGGACGGAGGUGGUGGAUUUAAUUCUGAAGCCUCGUCCUGGAGCAGAGAAAGAGUUUCUGGUGCGCUGCAGGGAAGAGUGGGCAAAGACUCAGGACCCAGAGGCGGCGCUGAAAAAGCUGCCCAACAAACGCUGCGUGGAAGGACAGCUGCUGAGAGGCCUGUCUAUGUAUGGCAAGAAAAACAUCGUCACUGCCUUUGGACUGAUCCCCCGUAACAACCGUCUGAUGUACGUCCACAGCUACCAGAGCGUGGUGUGGAACACCAUGGUGAGCCGCAGAAUAGAAGCCUUUGGCCUGAAGGCCGUGGAGGGAGACCUGGUGCUCAGAGGAACCACGGCACACGUGCUGUCUGCAGAGGAGGCUGAGAGUCACUCCAUUCACGACAUUGUGAUGCCUCUACCUGGGUUCGACGUCAUCUACCCGGCUCACCGGAUCGGUGAAGGAUACAGAGAGCUGCUCACUGCAGACGGGCUAGACAUCGACAACAUGAGGCACAAAGUGAAGGACUACUCUCUGGCUGGAGCCUACAGACGCAUCAUCAUCAGACCCAGCGAUGUCAGCUGGGAGGUGAUUCAGUACGACGACCCCAGGAUCUCUCUGGUGCACUCUGAUUUUGAAAAACUGGAGAACAAACCUGCCCCCGUCUUCAAUAAAGAGGGAAAGUAUCGUGCUCUGCGGAUGGAGUUCUCCCUGCCUCCCUCGACCUACGCCACCAUGGCAAUCAGAGAGGUCCUCAAGCUGGACACCAGCAUCAAGAAACAGACGCAGCUCAACACCACUUGGUUCAACUGAGGCCGAAACGUUCAGGCCGAGCACCUCUCUUCUUUGGCUACUUACUUAUUGUGAGUGUUUUUAAAGUGCAUGUGUGUGAGAGAAAGUAACUGGGUUCUGUAAGGACUCAAGGGCCAUUUCUUUGAAGUACAAAGAGCAACAAUUGAGCAUUAUUUGACUUUUUUUAAAUGAUGUUUUUACCUGCUCUAAAAUAUUUCUGUGCUGCAGGAAUUGAGUAUAUUUUGUCUUUUAUGAUUUAAGCUUUCAGGGCCAAUACACGUGCAGUAAUUCCUGCCGCUGGUUUGUACAGGAAGUUUGUUUUGUUAUUUAGCUUUGUGCUAAAGUGUGAAAUGGAAAAACUCUGUGAGAGAGAUUAAAGUUAUCAAGAGGUUUAA